AACACAGUCGAGGAUAGACAAAAAGAAACACGCAGAAAACGGUGUGAACGGCAACCAUCAUGAAAUGGAAACAUUCUUAAAUGGAACCAAGAAGACUAAGAAUACAACUUCGGGGUCCCGACACAGGGGAGAGCAAUGCCAGUCCCCGUUCUUUCCCCCUGCUUCGCACCAUCUUUCGAACUUUUACUGGGAGUUCACGUGCGCAAGUAUCUUCAAAAUUGCGGCCGAUGUACUUGCCUUCUGCCAGCCAGCACUUCUAAGUGCCUGAUCCACUUUAUGAAGGAGCGCGAGCUGUACAGAGUCUGGCAUGGCUACGCCCUCGUCUUCGCCAUUUUCGUCACCACCCUCACCGCCUCCUUCUGUCAACACCAGGCAGCAAACAACGCCCACAACCUGGCCAUCCGCCUGAGGACAGCGCUCGUUGCGGCCGUCUACAGGAAGGCUUUGUGGAUGAACAACGAGACGAAACGGGCGUUCACAACAGGUGCCAUUGUCAACUUUAUGUCCAUCGACUGUCAGAGACUCCGAGAUGUCAUAUUCAACGUGAUCCUCAACAUUUCCAUCCCCAUACAGAUCAUUCUUGCCUUCCUUUUCCUGUACAGACUGCUAGGGUUAUCCUUCCUUGUGGGGGUGGGCAUCUUGGUUGGACUCAUUCCGAUUAAUCUGCGUAUUUCCCUCAUGGAGAAGGGGUACCAGGCGGUCCAUCACCACAAGGACAGUAGGAUGAAGAUGGUCAACGAGAUUUUGAAUGGAAUAAAGGUGGUCAAACUCAAUGCCUGGGAGGAUGCGUUUGGGAAACUUGUUCACGGCAUCAGAGACCAAGAGAUUGCCUGCCUGAGGAAGAUCGCCAUCAUCCAUACAGUCAAAACUUUUCUCGUUCUGUGCUCGCCCAUACUGGUGUCUGUGGGUACACUGCUCACCUACACCUUUGUGUCCCGAGACUUGUAUCUGGACCCGGCCACAGCCUUUGUGUCGCUGUCGUUGUUCAGCAUCCUCCGAAACCCAAUUAACUCCCUGCCCACCAUCAUCUCGCAGGUGGUACACUGGAUGGUGUCCUUAAAGAGGUUGCGGAAAUUUUUAUCCUGUGAAGAACUGGAUCCGAAAAGUGUUUCUGAUUGCACAGACGAAGGCGUUGCUGUUUCUAUCCGGAAUGGGUCAUUUACCUGGGUUGAAGACGAUAAGCCGACACUAAGAGACUUGUCCCUGGAGGUGAGGGAGGGGCAGCUGGUUGCUGUGGUGGGGCCGGUGGGCGCUGGCAAGUCGUCGCUUCUGUCGGCUGUCCUCGGCGAGAUGAGGCGACUCAGUGGACAGGUGUCACGCCAGGGUACUGUAGCAUACGUCUCACAGCAGGCCUGGAUCCAAAACAGUUCUUUUAGGGAUGGAAUCCUUUUCGGGAGCAGCUUCAACAGGAAGCGCUACAGAAACGUUAUUCAAGCAUGCGCACUGCAGGCGGAUCUGGAUUCACUUCCUGCAGGCGAGGACACAGAAAUAGGAGAAAAGGGCAUCAACCUGAGUGGGGGUCAGAAGCUGCGCGUGUCGCUGGCUCGUGCCGUGUAUCACGACGCUGAUUUAUACCUCCUGGAUGACCCCCUGUCGGCAGUGGACAGUCACGUGGGACAGCACAUCUUCAGACAGGUCAUCGGGUCAACAGGCCUGCUGAAGAAACAAGGCAAUACUCGCCUGAUGGUAACGCACGGCAUUCAUUGGCUGCCCAUGUGUGACGUCAUUGUGGUUAUGGAUGACGGCAAGAUCGUCUGGUCGGGUACCUACCCGGAUCUGACUCGUGAUGGACUUCUCGCCAAAUAUCUGAACAUGAGUGUUGCUCAAGAUAACAGCCUGAAAGCGAGCUUCUGGCUGGUGGAGUGGACAGACGACGAAUAUUUACAGAACACUUCGCUGGUCAACACUACUCACUACACACAGAAAACUGUGAUGUACGUCUCUGUGUAUGCAGUGCUUGGAAUCCUUCAAGCAAUCACUACCUUCUUCUUCGUGUGGAUUGUCUUCCUGAAAAUGUUGUCAGCAUCUAAACGUCUCCAUGACGACAUGCUAAGAUCUGUUCUCCACCAGCCAAUGAGCUUCUUCGACACAAACCCUAUAGGACGAAUACUGAAUCGUUUUUCUCGCGACAUGGAUGCCAUUGACAGCUACCUGGCGGAUCUGAUGCGCAUUUACUGUACAAAUGUCUUCAGUGUCAUCAAUGUCCUGUUCGUCAUUAGCUACACCACUCCUUUAUUUCUGGCUGCUGCCGUGCCGCUGAUUAUGUUGUAUUAUUGCAUACAGUGUGAAGAUGUUGACUUGUGCAGACGCUGUACAUCCCGUUGCUCCCGACAGAUAAGGAGGUAUGAAUCCGUCUCUCGCUCCCCAGUUUACGUUCAUUUUAACGAGACCAUCAGUGGCGCCCCCAGCAUCCGGGCCUUUGGCAUGACGGACAGGUUCGUUGCCAAGAGCGAACAGCUGGUGGACAAGAAUAAUGUUUACACCUACGCUCAUAUUUCCUCUCUGAGGUGGCUAAAGCUGCGUCUGGAGUUGCUAGGCAACCUGACCACUGCAUUUGCAGCCCUCUUCACCAUCAUGACCGAGCACCUGUCCGCCAGCAUGGCGGGGCUGUCCGUGUCCUACGCAGUUCAGGUUACCACCAAGCUCAACAACCUUGUACAGAAUGCCAUUAAUGUGGAGACAGACAUCGUGUCAGUGGAGAGAAUCGUGCAGUACAUUGAGCUCCCCUCAGAGCCCGCCUGGGUUGUAGAAGGACAUCGCCCACAGGCUGACUGGCCACGUGACGGCGACAUCCGGUUACAAGGCUACAGCACUCGCUACCGCCCUGGCCUUCAACUCGUCCUCAAUAAAGUCACUGCGCAUAUUUGUAGCGGAGAAAAGAUCGGCGUAGUAGGCAGGACUGGUGCCGGCAAGUCGUCGUUGUCGUUGUCUCUGUUUCGUCUCAUCGAGGCCUCGGAAGGCAGCAUCGUCAUCGACGACAUCAACAUCGCCGACAUUGGACUUCACGACUUGCGAUCUCGUCUGUCCAUCUUGCCUCAAGACCCAGUCUUGUUUUCUGGGACCUUGCGCUUCAACCUUGACCCCUUAUCCAAGUUUUCGGACGAGGAGCUGUGGUCCGUUCUCGAGCAAUCUCAUCUAAAGUUUUUGUGGAAUCGCUAUCCAAACACUCUUGACCAUGAGGUGGACGAAGGAGGACAUAAUCUCAGUGUGGGUCAGCGCCAGCUGGUGUGCCUGGCCAGAGCCCUGCUCCGCAAGACGCGCGUGCUGGUGCUGGACGAGGCCACAGCCGCUGUGGACAUGGAGACAGACGAGCUCAUCCAGCGGACCAUCCGCUCCGCCUUCAAGGAGUGCACAGUGCUCACCAUCGCCCACCGCCUGCACACCGUCCUCGACUAUGACAGAAUCUUGGUUCUCGGUAAUGGAACUGUCCUGGAGUUCGUCCCGGACGCUUUGCUGAAAGACAGUAAUUCCGUGUUCUUUAAGCUUGCGCAGGAAGCAAACUUGACCUCAUGACCAGUCCCAGCCUGCAGCAACAACUAUGAUGUACACAAACAUUGUCAUGUAAAUUGAAAGAACAUUGAGGUCAGAGACUUGAGCUGUAGUCAUCAUUAGUGUCAUCCUCAGUGUCAUGUCAGUGACAGGCUGCACAUGCAUGUCUUUGGCUGUGUGUCAGACUCUAGGAGCCUUGUGACUCUCCGCGUGUUGUUUUUGCGGGAACUCUCAUCGUUUUUCUAGUCACAUUCUUUGACUUAAUCAUUGAAUAUUACUCGUCUGCUUUCUUGUUAAUUUAUUCUGACGAUGUGAAAGAAACAAGAGAGAUAUGAGGACAAAAUGGAAGACUAUCACGUUUGAUCUUGUAUCACGUGAUCGCACAGUGCGAGCUAACUGCUCCACACGUGAAUGUUUUCUUCUCUGAUUCUUUAACUUAGGUACAUAUGUUUAAUUUUAUAAAAGCCUUUCCAGAGAAUAAGGGCCGAUGAACUCAGUAACUACUUACUUCUGAUAAGCUAACACAGAAACAUUUUGAUUGCCGUGAUCUCUUGUUUGUCCGACUGUUCUGGGGUUCAUCCUAAAGGAAGAAUGAAGUAGUAGCUUUACACGAUUUAUUAAUUGAUAAAUGUUGUGCAAGUACUUAAUAAUUUCUAAAAACAAAAUAAUGAUGUGUUUCAAUUAAAACUUCAUGAAACAAACUUUAUC